CCUCUACUACUUUUCCAUUAUUUCUGCGAGAUUCGGCGGAGAGCCGUUAAUCACCGUAAAUAGACAGCAUCCUAUAGCUUAGUAUUGUUCAGUAUCUUCAAUUGGGGCUGUAUUGCAUCUUAUUGUCAUGGUGUUGUACUUGUUGAAGCGCUGUUGCUGUUAUCGGGGCGCUUUACCAUGACAUCACUCGCAUCUUCUCCUUCAAAUACUCGUGCAAUAUGGCGGCUCUUUCCAUGUGCCGCUCUGCCCUGCGUCGUAAUGUCGUGCCUCUCAGCCUGGGUCUGUCGGCUGGUGCGAUGAUGAUCAGCAGGCAGACCCCUCUGCGAUUCGAUUCCAGGCCAGCUGCUAGAUCCAUGUCGAGUGGGCGGAAAGACAGACUAGAUCCCGAGGUUAUCAAGCAGCUAUCUGGCGGGAGCCUUUCUGGCUUCUUUUUAGGGUUGGUUGUGAGCGUCUUCUCCAAGACGCUCGUCCUUCUCGUCGGCUUAAGCAUUACCGCCGUUCAGGUUGCUUCCCGAUUUGGCAUCGAUAUUGUGGGGUGGCUGAACCUGAGAAAACGGGUUGAAUCUUCGCGCAUCCUCUCAUCCCUGGUCAAGCGUCCUGCAUUUGGAAUAUCAUUUGGUCUAACCUUUGCGCUAUCGGCAUUUAUGUCCUUCUAGCAUAUUGUCUUGGUUAUGAAUCAAACUUUAGUUUAGAAGGCCUGCGUCUCCUUCUCGAGCCAUGCCAACGUCAGCGGAUCAUCCUUGAAGUAGUCCUUCGUCUUCUCAAAGAUGUCCACGUUGUAGUCGUUGAGCCAUUUCUUCUCCUUCGCUGUCAACAGGGAAGAGUCGAUCAGGUUUCUGCAGUAUGGCACCAUUGUAACGUGUUCGAAGCCCAAAUAGGGCUUGUCCCCGAACGAAUGUUCCGUCUUCACUUCUCUCACCAUGACGAUGUUUUCAAUUCGAAUGCCAUACGACCCAUCUUCGUAAUAGCCCGGCUCAUUCGAUAUGACGUUUCCAGCGGCGAGCGAUACCUCGAUAUACUGUUUCCGAGUGCCGAUACCGAUAGGUCCCUCGUGGACGUUGAGGAAAGACCCCACUCCAUG